AUGAAUCCCGCUGAAGGGGCGGCGGAGGAAGGCGCUGUCCCUGACUCCGAGGUGGAUGCUUUCUUCCGAACAGGUAGGGGAGCCGCGGGGAAGGGGCCAGGGCAGCGCCGGGCCCUACCUCCGCCGCGGGAUGCGGGGCUUGCGGUUGCGGCGCGGGCACCGCCAGCAGCGGAGCCGCGGGGAGGGGAGAAGAGGGGAUGGAGGGGGUCCCCGCCUGCCUCCUCGCUUUGUCCGCCGCAGCCCCUCGAUGUGCCCGUGCCCCCGUCUCCCCUCCCGCCCCUGGGAGGAUGCUACCGCGGGGCUGCGCUCCCACCGCCUCGGGAGAGGACCGGCCAAGCCCCCGCCCCAAGCAGGCACAAAAGCCCCGCGGGGAUGCUCGGGGAGAGCUGUCGCGUCGUUACCUCCGCGGGAAGCAGUGCCGGCUGGGCCCCGCCGGGCCCCCGCCCCGGGCGGCGGCGGCCACCCGGGUACCGGCUGGUAUUUGGAAGCGGAGCUGGCUGCCUGCCCCGCUCCAGCCGGGCGAAGCGCGGGGCGCUACCCGUGCCGCCCUCGGGUGGGCAGUGA